UAACUCCAUGGUAAUUGUAUGCAAACCAAACGACCCUUAAGGCCAAUUUUUUGCCCUAAUAACCGUGGUAUCAUAUUGGUUAAACUUUUGUUUACACUUCUGCGACAGUGGAAGAAGAAGGAGCUGCCCGCUAAGCCAACAGCGUUAGUUUUUUUGGAACUCAGCGAUGAGUCGGAGCUUAGGCAUACCAGUGAAGCUUCUACAUGAAGCGACAGGGCAUAUAGUGACGGUUGAGAUGAAGAGUGGAGAGUUGUACAGAGGAAGUAUGGUGGAAUGCGAGGAUAACUGGAAUUGCCAACUCGAAAGCAUCACUUACACUGCUAGAGAUGGGAGAGUGUCUCAAUUAGAGCAUGUUUUCAUUCGAGGCAGCAAAGUCAGGUUCAUGAUAAUUCCUGAUAUGCUUAAGAAUGCUCCCAUGUUCAAGCGGCUAGAAGCAAGAAUCAAGGGAAAAGGUACAUCGCUUGGAGUUGGUCGGGGACGUGCUAUUGCUAUGCGAGCUAAAGCUCAGGCUGCUGGUCGUGGAGCAGCACCUGGUCGAGGUGCCGUGCCGCCUGUAAGAAGAUGAUUGCCUGUUGCGGGAUUUUAUUUCAUCUGGUUAAUAGCGAUCAUAAAAUUUCUGUGUAAGAAUGUUGGAGUACGCUCCAAAGGUUGGUCCUUAGUCUAAUAGUCCGAGUCACAUUCGUCUACUUUGUAACUUACCUUUUUUACAUUUGACUUAGAGGCUGGAACACAAGUGCUUUUCAGAUUGGGUCCAUGUGCUUGUACUUGCCUGUGUUUAGUAAUAUGGAUUGCUCCAGUUCUUCACUAUCA